UGCAGCACACAGACAGAUAAGGCUUGGGACCGAGCCGCAGGCAGGAAGACAGACAAGGGCUUAGAGGGGGAAAAGAGGACACGACGAAAUGAAACAGUCCACGUCCAUGGUGCUUUUAUUCGGGGCCGCACUGGUCGCACUGGUGCGCGCCGCCGGUACCGAGGGGGAGAUCUCCUUCGAGUACCACCGCUACGAGGAGCUGCGGAAGGCGCUGGUGUCGGUGUGGCUGCAGUGUCCGACCAUCAGCCGCAUCUACACCAUCGGGGAGAGCUUCGAGGGCCGCGAGCUGCUGGUGCUGGAGAUGUCCGACAACCCGGGGACGCACGAGCCAGGAGAGCCUGAGUUUAAAUACAUCGCCAAUAUGCACGGCAACGAGGCCGUGGGCCGAGAGCUGCUCAUCUACCUGGCCCAGUACCUGUGCAACCAGUACCAGCAGGGCAACGAGACCAUCAUUGACCUCGUCCACAAGACACGCAUCCACUUCAUGCCCUCCAUGAACCCAGACGGCUUCGAGAAGGCCGCUUCACAGCCGGGAGAGAUCAAGGACUGGUUCGUCGGCCGCAGUAACGCACAGGGGGUGGAUCUGAACCGCAACUUCCCCGAUCUGGACCGCAUCAUCUACAUCAAUGAGCGGGAGGGCGGAGCCAACAACCACCUGCUGCAAAAUAUGAAGAAGGCAGUGGAUGAAAACACCAAGCUGGCUCCAGAGACCAAGGCAGUGAUCCACUGGGUCAUGGACAUCCCCUUCGUCCUCUCAGCUAACCUUCAUGGAGGAGACGUGGUGGCCAACUACCCGUAUGAUGAGACCCGCACCGGCUCUACCCAUGAGUACAGCUCCAGUCCUGAUGAUGUGACGUUCAAGUCUCUGGCGAAGGCCUACUCCAUGUACAACCCAGUCAUGUCCGACCCCAACCCCCCCUGCCGUAAGAACGAUGAUGACUCCAGCUUCAAAGAUGGCAUCACCAACGGAGGGGCCUGGUACAGCGUGCCAGGAGGAAUGCAGGAUUUCAACUACCUCAGCAGCAACUGUUUUGAGAUCACUCUGGAGCUCAGUUGUGACAAGUUCCCCAGUGAGGACAAACUCAAGACCUACUGGGAGCAGAACCGCAACUCACUGGUCAACUACAUCGAGCAGGUUCACCGUGGUGUAAAGGGCUACGUGCGUGACCUCCAGGGAAACCCCAUUUCCAAUGCCACCAUCUCUGUGGAGGGCAUUGCCCAUGACAUCACCACAGCCAAAGAUGGAGACUACUGGCGCCUCCUGGCUCCAGGAAACUACAAAGUGGGAGCCUCUGCCCCAGGAUACCUGACUGUCAUCAAGAAGGUGGCUGUUCCAUUCAGCCCUGCAACCAGAGUGGACUUUGAGCUGGAGUCUCUGAUAGAGAGGAAGGAGGAGGAGCGGGAGGAGCUGAUGGACUGGUGGAAGAUGAUGUCAGAGACACUGAACUUCUAGAGCGUUUGUCCGGCUGAUGAUCAGACCGUCCGCACAUCGAUGUAAUAUAUUCAACAUUCUGUGUGACCGUCCACAGAAUAUUUUGUCUCUUUUAUUUGUUCUGUUCUGUUUUCGACCAUUAUUUUAAUUGAUCAUUACUGUUUAUAAAUGUAAUGGUUUGCCUCAUGCUCCUGUAGAUUGUUUAAAUAUCCUGCAGACACACGGACAGAGAAGGAAUUUGCAGGUAGUUUGGCGGCAGCGAGAUCGGUGUUGAUUUCUGUGGUAUUGUGUUCUUUAUCGUACACGUGAUUUGGUAACCAUGGCACCCAUCUAUAUAACCAAUGAGUGACUGAGUAAAUAUGUAUGUAAAAGAGCUGUUUACAUCAUUACAACAUGGCUCUGUCCAAAAAAAAUCAUAAUUUUUUCCUGUUUUAAAUGUCUCUGUUUCUCCAGGCUUUAGUGCAAAUAUAAAAGUACAACACCAAAACACAAACACUUUGGACAACUGUAAACUUGCACACAUUUACUCUGUUUUAUGUCUCUGUAAAAUAAUAAAUACAACGCUUUAGAUUUGAGCAUAUUAGACAUUAAAAACACUGUAAAAUCACUGUUUACAUUAAGUUGUAAACAAUUUAUACAGGCAAGCCCAUUUCACCGUAUGUUAUUGAUGUCCAGUUUUUUUUUAACUGACUGCAGCACAGCUUUGAUUUUAGCACAAGAUGAAUGGUUAUAAUAUAUACUGUAUUUAUGAACUAUAGGUAUAGCAAGAAACACGUGGUUUUUGUAACGAAAAAAAAUCAAAGAAAACAAGGCCAUUACACCUAUAAAUCUGUCCACCUCUGUCUACCCAAAGCCCUUCCCUAGUACAGUAUGUGCACUACACAGGAAAUACUGUGGUAGGCUUCAUAAGGAACUGUUGUACAUGUACAAGUUUGUUUUUUUCAAGGAUAAAUUAACACUAAUCAUGCAGUUCAACUGGUUUGACACCACAGAAAGAAUAUUGAAUGUAUAUCUAUAGAAACAGUUACAGAUGUAAAGAACGAACUGAUCAAUAAACCCUCUUUAU